GGGAUUUACCGCACAAUGCAGGUGAUAUCAAGACACCAAGCAUGACAUUCUUUGUGCAUGAGACAAAGGCUCACAGCUUCCGCCAUCGCUUCACCGCUGCUAACAUCAUUUCCUUCAGCAAAUUAGACUUUGUUUGCGAUUUCAUGGAUGAGCGAUUGAGUAAGUCAAUCUCACACAAAACCCCUGUCAUAAUAAUGUAAUUAAUACAGAGCUCGUAGCAGUUCACGGCCCUCUGUAGCUGCCAUUGCGACUGUGCACUUGUGCAUAAGCGUAUAGCGGUCGGUUGCUCGCUGGUUUGAUUGCUCAAGGUGAUGAAGGAAUACGGCCAACACGUUCUCCUAGUCUUUCUGGGUCUUCAUAUAGGAUUAGGCUUAAAUGGCACACGAGGACAACAGAAUGAGGCAUGUGGAGGCCGUCAGAGCGGUCAGCAAGGAGUCGUCUUCUCCCCUGGGUACCCCGGUCAGUAUCCCACGAGAACACGCUGCGUCUGGGUGCUGGUUGCGCCGUCAGCCAAUCAAAAAAUCCGGCUUAGCUUCGAUGCUUUUGAGAUUGAACCAAGCGAAGUAUGUAGAUAUGAUUGGCUGGUGCUAAGGGACGGCUCCUCGGCAGAUAACCCCUUGAUUGCCAAGUUCUGCGGAAAUAGCAUCCCAGCUACUGUCACAUCGUCCGCGGGCUUCCUGUGGAUAGAGUUCAAUUCGGAUUUUUCAGAUACAGGAACUGGGUUUUACGCGCGUUGGAGAACGGAGGACGAUUCUGGCCGACCCCUCCCGACCCCUGGUGUAACCAAGCCUCCUAAUCCUCAAGGUUGUGGCGGUGCCUUUAGUGGUCAAGGCGGUACCAUUACUUCCCCUGGGUACCCCUCUAAGUACCCAAACAACAAGAAAUGUGUAUGGACAAUCACAGCCCAAGAAGGGGGUAGAAUUCAUUUGAAGUUUGACACGUUCCAACUAGAGGAAGACCGCCAGUGUCGUUACGAUUAUCUAGAAAUAAGAGACGGGGGAAGCUUGAGGGCUGCCCUCGUUGCUCGUCUGUGCGGAAGAAACCUCCCCUCCAUGGUACGAUCCUCGGGAAGAGAACUAUAUCUGGUAUUCAACUCGGAUGGUAGCGACUCUGAGUCAGGAUUCAACCUGAAAUGGAAAGCAGAGGGUGGCGCUUUUACGGAAAGACCAGCGACAACCGAUACAACCACACAAACGACUCGAGCGACAAGUCAGACAAUACCAACGACUCGAGCAACAAGUGAGGCGAUGCCAAAGACUCGAGCAACAAGUACAACACAAGCUCCCACAACAAAGAAGUCUACAGCACCGGAGGCAACACGAGUAUCGAUUAAGACUAUGGUCCCUACAACAGCAGGCGACUGCGUUCGCAUAAUCAGUGGGGACAGCGGAAUUCUCACAAGUCCAGACUAUCCCGCUCAGUACCCCCUAAACAAGGAAUGCUCCUGGAGCAUCACGGUACCACGUGGUCAACGCGUGGAGCUGAGAUUCCAAUUCUUUGACCUUGAGGCGGAUCCUUCUUGUCGCUAUGACUACUUGGAGAUUCGAGACGGACAGGACGCGCGAGCGGCACUUGUUCAGAGAAUCUGCGGAUCAGCUCUUCCAGCAACCAUCAAGUCCUCCACGGAGUCCCUGCACUUGUCGUUCUAUUCAGAUGAUUCCGAGAAAAGACGGGGGUUUUACGCCACUUGGAAAGCCGUAGAUGGACCUGACAAGCCGCCACAACCCCCCACCCUACCCCCCACUAUAUUGACAACAUCGACUCAACAAAUUGAAGGUUGUGGGGAUACCUUAACAGCACUAAGCGGCGUUCUGCAAAGUCCCGGUUAUCCCCGCCAAUACCCCGUCAAUACUAUGUGCAAGUGGCUAAUUUUCGUACCGACCGGGUACAGUGUCCGACUCCAGCUGACCGUCUUGGACCUGGAGCCUGAUCCAACCUGCAGGUUUGACUACCUCCUGGUUCUGGAUGGACCUUCUGUGUCGUCACCCGAACUCGGCCGCUUCUGUGGUAAGCUUGCUGAUACCGGUAACGUCGAGUCCUCAUCUAACGCAAUGAGCGUCAUCUUCAACUCGGACUUGUCAGAUACCCGGAUAGGGUUUCGUGCAUAUUACCUCGCGGGAAGGACAAACCCGAAAACUGCGAAUCCAAUCACCACAAGGGGAGGAACACAUUCCCCUAGCUCUACCCCCACCACCACAGGGGCCCCAACGACUGCAGGUUGUGGUGGCAGCUUUAUCAAGCCUAGUGGCGACAUAUACUCACCCGGCUACCCGAUCCGAUACCCGAACAACCAGGACUGCGAAUGGGUCAUUUCGGUACCGAACGGUCGGACUAUCGCCAUAGGCUUCAAUGAGUUUAACUUAGAGGCAAGCGAAGACUGUACAGGGGACUAUGUGGAGCUGAGAGAUGGCGACUCUAAAAGCGCAGCUCUGAUUGGCCGAUACUGUGGUACGAACGCACCAAUGAUGCUCAUGGGUUCCUCGGACAAGUUGUGGCUGCGUUUCCACAGUAACGAUCAAGUGACUGGAAGCGGUUUUGAGGCGACGUGGACGAAUGAGGCGCAGAUUAUCAAACCAAUUGGUGGUAGAGAUCAACUGCAAGGGGACGAGGGCACCCAAAGACCAUAUGACACGUGCGGUAAGGCCCUUGGUAUGACAGACCACAGCAUCCGGGACACUCAACUCAGCGCUUCAUCUCAUUGGCUAAAUUCGUCUUCCUUUGGACCUUGGGAGGCGCGGCUUGGUAACCACCCACAUGGCUGGGUAACCGACCCUGCAGACUCUGACCCCUGGCUCAAGGUCAAAUUUGGCAGCUUCCAUGUGAUUACAGGGGUUGCUACACAGGGUUACGAGAUCCCUGUGUUGAGCAAGUGGGUCUUGACUUAUCAGCUUCUAUGGGCGAAUAGAGAAGGGAAGUUUGUUCCUUACCAGGAGGAGGGAAGAGAAAAGGUACUCGAGGGGAACAAAGACCGCGACUCCGUGGUGUACCACACCCUUAAGGUUCCAAUACGUGCCAAAGAGGUCCUAAUCAAGCCUCGCACAUGGCACGGUCACGUGGGCCUGAGAUUUGAGCUGUACGGCUGCAGGCAAGCCGACUGCAUUCAGCCACUUGGCUUGUCGAGUAGCCUUAUUACUGACAAUCAGCUGACGGCAUCUUCGGCCUGGAAUAACGAACGCGGAAAGUACGGAGCGAGCCGAGCGCGGCUGAACCUUACCUCGUGGCCCCAGGGAUGGACGGCGCAUGAAGCAGACCGUCACCCGUGGUUACAGGUGAAUCUUGGCGCCAAUCACAUCGUGACGAAGAUCGCAACCCAGGGUUUUGGCAAGAUACUGGACCAAUGGGUGAAGACUUAUCAGGUCACGUGGAGGGCGAGCUUAAGCGGAUGGCAAAACGUGUAUAGUGCUCGGUUACACCAGGAUCGACAGACGAGAUGGAAGAUAAAGACGUUUCGCGGUAACCACGACAGAAACUCGAUUAAAACACAUGUUCUAAGAAGUCCAAUCCGUGCUCAAGCCAUCCGACUGUGGCCAACUGCUAGACACAACUUUUACUCUCUGCGCGCAGAGCUAUAUGGCUGUCUCCAUGGGAAUCCCGCGGGACGCACUUUCUGCACCCGCACUAGUCACCAACUCACUGGGCAUGCGCAAAUCCACAGCACCAACCAGUGCACGUGGCAGCUAACCACGCCCUUGGAGGGGUACUACAUUCUCACAUUCACCAAGUUUCUGGUCGGGACCCCAAACGCAGCAUGUGACUCUGACUAUAUUGAGCUGCGAAGUGGUUUAACUGAACAUGCCCCGCUGAUUGGUAAAUAUUGCGGGAGCACAGCACCUCCACCAAUCAAAUCAUCAAGGAGUGCUGUGUUCGUUCGACUUGUGGUUUCUGGGAGAAGCGUUACUGAGGUUACCAUGACGUAUGAGCACGUGUCGCUUACAAAGAUACCAGGCAAAAGGUUAAAAGCGUGCGGAGUUCGCAGUGAUGAUUCCUGGCCGUGGCAAGUGGCAUUGACGCUUUCUGGUAACCCUGUGCAGCGGUGUGGCGGGGCACUAAUAGCCGCAGACUGGGUCCUCACAGCAGCGCACUGCUUCGACAGGUUUAGCAUGCCGCCCGAGUGGACGGUGCAAGUGGGCGUGUCUGACAUGCGCAGACGAGACGGCAAGGGACAAUCGCUGUCGAUCAAAGCUAUUUUCGUCCAUCCGCAAUAUAACAGCUCUAGUCACGAGCACGAUCUUGCGGUGUUGCAGUUACAACAACCAGCAGAAUUCAAUAGUCGAGUAAGUCCGAUAUGCAUUGUCGCCAAUGAGGAGGUACAGGCUGGCCGAGCAUGCGCAGUAGCUGGAUGGGGUCAGUCCUAUCUCCCGCGCAUCACCACCAUCCCUCUACUCACAAGGCGCAUGCGCGUCAUCGGGCGUACAGACUGUGCAGCUGCCCAAAGUCGUGUAACUGCGCAAAUGUUAUGCGCAGGCCCGGCUGCAGGGGAAAGUGAUAAUUGCUUUGGUGAUGGCGGAAGUCCGCUGAUGUGCCAAGGUGCAUCGCGGGAAUGGUUUGUGGCUGGCGUGAGUAGCUGGGCAGAGAAAUGUAGUAUACCGGGGAAAUAUGGACUCUACACAAAGGUUUCGGAUUAUCAGCAUUGGAUCGCCGCCGUGCAACUAACAUAGCUAUAGAUAGUUGUAUAUUUUUAUUGGACAUUGACGGGUCAUUGCUAUGACGACGGAGUAGUGAUUGCCGGCAUGUUUUAUAAGACGAUGUACCCGGAUGUAAACACUUAGAACAAACAACUGGCAAACAGGGCGGAGCGUGCUUUGAAAUCGAAGUACCACAGGAAACCCAGAACAUCACACCAACUUCUCAAUAUAUCACCUUUCUACCAGUCGCUUUGAUAAAAAUAAUAAAUUUUCCUUCUUCAUAA